AUGGAGACUCCGGCUUCAGGCUCUGAUGCUGCUGCUGCUGCUGUUCCAAAGCCAGCUCCAAAGCCGCAGAAUCCUGCCCUGCGCAUGCUAGGGCUUCCAAACAUCAAGCUAAAGCUCCCGUCGAGGAAUUGGAUGAUAUUCCUGACCGUCACCGGCUCCUUCGUUGGUGCUCUUGUCUAUGACCGCCGUGAGAAGAAAAAGAUACAAGACAAAUGGUCGAACGUGGUAGCACACCUUGCCAAUGAACCGCUACGGACGAACGAGACUCGCAGGAAGAUUACUGUCUUUCUCUCUGCCCCUCCGGGAGACAGCAUGCGGAACGCAAGGGACCAUUUCCGUGACUACGUCAAGCCGAUCCUAGUCUCCGGAGCGUUGGACUACGAAGUCGUAGAGGGGAGAAGGGAAGGAGAUCUCAGAGCUGCUGUUGCAAGCAGGAUUCGCAAGAGGAGAGAGCUGGCCGGGGAGUCAGGGCCGCUGCCGGAACCUGAUAUUGAUACCGCAGACUACGAGACCAGGCUUCGACACAUACGGCAGGUGACGGGCGUUCAUGACGAGCCUGAGACGAAAGGCGAUCUGGUUCUCGGUCGACAUGCAUGGAAAGAAUAUAUUCGUGGCAUCCACGAAGGCUGGUUGGGCCCCCUGGUUGACCCUGCUUCUCUCAAGCCGGACGAGCCAGUCGUGGUGGAGGAGCCAUUACUCUCAGACACGCCGGAUGAAAACUCUCCAACAACAGAAGAAAAGAAGGAGACUGAGAAACCAGCUGAGAAACCAAAGCCAACCGGUCCUCCUGCCUCCUACCUUCUUCCAUCCGCCUAUACCACCCAUCAAAUCUCCCCCAUCGCUCCCACCGAGUUCGACGGCUCAGCUCCCAUUGCAUUUCCCCAUAUACUAGGCUUCCUCAACACUCCAAUCCGCAUGUACCGCUUCCUCACGCGCCGCCGCAUGGCAGACACCGUCGGAGAACAAGUUGCAGCUGCAGUACUCGCUUCAUCCAUACGGCCCUACACCAACAGCACAUACAGCUCUGACUCUGACUUCUCAGCAAUCACUCAAAGCCAGCCAUCAACCUCUGAAGAAGAAGAACCGCUGACUUCCCCUUCAGAUGCAAGUGAGCAGCAAUCGGUCCUUCAAGAGGAGGAAAAAGACUGGCACAAGUCAGCGUACAAAAAACCUACCGAUCCUGCUGAGAUCAGAGAGGAGCGAGAAUGGACCGAUGCCAUGGUUCUCGAUCCCCGAAUCGCUUCUCGAAUGCGCAGAUUCGUGCUCUCCCCUGAAGACCUUGCUCGAUCACAGCGUAUUGCUGAGGGUAAAGAGUGGGUUAUGGGUCAAGAGCGGCCGACGCAUGUUCCGGCCUGGAAACGACUUUGGGAUACGUAUGGAUGGGGAGAGGAGGAGAAUUCCAGGAGUAAAGUUGUAAUUGGGAAUUUAGACGGUGAGGAUGGUGAAUAG